AUGCUCUCGGUGCUCAAGAACAGUGUGGUCUCAGAGGCGAACCUACACCAGGCGGAGCUGCGACAGCGGGAGCUGGACUUCUACGUUGGCAACUUCUGGAUUUGGGGGGGCACCACGGUGAUCCUCGCGGGCUUCGCCUUGGCGCAGCUCACCCGGGAGAUCCCCAAGGGCACACCCCUGCUGCUGGAGCUGGCCUACUUGGCCUCCACCGCAGUAUGCCUGAGCCUGGACCUGUGCAUCGUCACCUGGACGGUGCUGGUGUGUACCUGGGGCCCGGGGAGCGCCUUGCGGGGGCCGAACGGAAUGAAAUCUUUCCAUGAGACCUUGGCCCUGCUCAAGGAGGAGCAGCUCUCCAUUUACAAUGCCUUCGUAGUCAGCAUCGUGGCCUAUUUCAGCUCAUCUUGCUGCCUUCUAUGGGAGCUGGAGCCCCUGCUGCGGGGCCGCCUGGAGGAAGCCGAGGCUGAGGUCCUGGAGGAGUCCCGAAUGGGCCGGCGGGCGCUACAAAGGCAGCAGCGGCAAUACCAGGCCCGCGAGCGGGAAGUGGAGCUUGUGGCGGAGGAGAGUGUGGAGCUGCAGCGACUCGGGCAGCAGCACCUCGAGGAGGCGGAGCAGCGCAUCGCCGUCACCAAAGAGCAGCUCCAGAAGGCUCGGGAGGACAAGAUGGCAGAGCGCCAGCGUUUCGAGCGCCAGCUGGAGAAGUUGAAGUCGGAGCUCUCGGAGCAGCGGCAGCUCACCGAGGCCAUCGAGAAGGAGAAGAGUCACGUGGAGCUGGGCGGGUCGCGGCAAAGCCAGGAGCACACCUCCAAGAUCCGGAACCUGCGGUCGAUGUCCAAGCAGCUCUCCUUCCAGUUGGAGGCCUCGGAGCAGCGCAUCGAGUCCUUGGAGUCCACCAGUGAAUCCCAUGUGAACAACCUAGCUUCUUCGGAGGCUGCUGCACAGCAGCAUCGCGAGCUGCUUGAGGAGCGCGCUCAAGCAGCAGAAAGCUGGGGCCAGGAGCCUGGCCAAGCGCCUGCAGAGCGCGGAGGAGCGGCACCAGCAGCUGCACCAGGAGCGCGAGGUACACCACAAGAGGAGCCAAGGGCAUCUGGCGGAGGCUCAGGACUUCAGCUUGAGGCUGAUGCAUGCCGUGGAACGGCAGGUGGCCGAGAUCCUGGCCAUGGCCGGAGCUCCGGAGGCGCCCGGACUCUUCGAGCGCCGCGCCGAGGGGGAGCCGCCGGAGGUCCUCGCGACACGCGCCUUCACCGUGGUGUCCAAGGCGGUGGCGGGAUUGGUGCGGGAGAACGCGGAGAUCCGCGCCAGUAG